GAAAGGGAGAGAGAGUGAGUGAGAAAUAUGUUGAUAAAAUGAAGGUAGAAACAACACUAAACCAGACAGAUGAAGAGGGAGGCCAACAAGGAAGAAAUUGAAGAAAGCAUUUGAGAUUGUGAAAUGUGUUUCAUGUAUGGGCGGACAUGAUGAUAAGUUCAAAGGUUGCUGCAUGCUCAGUAUAAGUUGGUCAGGCAGGACCAGCAUAACUGCAGUCCCCACCAGGGAAGGAACUCUGACCUCGGCUGCAUGAUGGAUCCAGUCUCUCUCCCACCACUGUCCCGCAUUGCCAUCUGUGGCGGUACCCAUGGAAACGAGAUGUCGGGCGUGCACCUGGUGAGGGAGCUGCAGAGGCAGAAGAUGGAGAAGGUGGGGUCAGCCGCCUUGACCACGGUCAUAUCCAAUCCGUGUGCCAUCCAAGUGUGCAGAAGAUACAUCGACAAGGACCUCAACCGCUGUUUCACGGAUGCCAUACUUAGUUCACCUGUGACAGGUGACACCCCGUAUGAGGUGAGGCGAGCGCAGGAGCUCAGCGCUCUGCUCGGUCCCAAGGGCAGUGUUCAGGCCAUGGACCUGGUGUGUGACCUCCACAACUCUACAUCCAACAUGGGCCUCAGUCUCAUUACCUACUUCAACCAAGACCCGCUCAUCUUACACAUCUGCAGACAUAUCCAGAGGAAGGUAACAUUGGCGCCCGUGAGGUUGAUCCAGCUGGACACCCCUCACAGUGACGCCUACUCUCUUGACUCCAUUGGCAAGCACAGUUUCUCAAUAGAGGUGGGGCCUCAACCCCAUGGGGUCAUCAGAGCUGACAUCUUUAACAUCAUGAAGGAGGCCGUCGACCAGACACUAGAAUGGGUCAGGUGUUUCAACUCAGGAAGUGCCUUUGAAGGUGCCGAGGUGGACAACGUAUACAUCUUCGUGAAAAGCGUUGAGUACCCGAGGGACCCAGAGACCAAUCACGUCACUGCUGUUAUACAUCCUCAACUGCAGGACCGAGACUUCUGCCUCCUACGUCCGGGAGAUCCCAUGUUCCUGACAUUUUCUGGGGACACAGUGAAGUACGAAGGAGAAGAAGUCCUCCAUCCCUUCUUUGUGAAUGAGGGUGCAUACUAUGAGAAGAACAUUGCCUUCCACCUGGGACGUAGGAUAACACUCACCAUCCCCAGCUUGCAAAUGAAGGGACACUGAUUCCAGUGAAGUAAAACCAAUCUGGUCUCAAUGGCCUAAAUUAUCAUAUACGUGAUGUUCGAAUCCAUGUUUUGUUUGGUACAAAUGCAUUUCGUAAAACACACAUACUACAUUCCAUUUUGCAAUAUACACAACAACAGGGCCGGCUCUAGGUAUAAGUGACAUAAGCAGUCAAUUAGCGCCUCUGACAGCUAGGGAGCCCCCGAUCGAUAGGGGAGAGAGGGCCACAAAUCCAAUUUUGCUUAGGGCCCCCAAAAUGCUAAGCCGGCACUGCAUAGCAUGUUUAGCAGGUAAAAAAAUUAUUCUAUUCCAUUUGGAACACAACACACUGUAAUCUAAAAUGUCAUACUAAAUGAAGUACCUCAGAAAUAUGUGUAGAAUGUUACUAAAUUAUGUAAGGCCAGGUUUCAAGAAAAAGAGAUGAAUGUAACGCAAACACAAGCAGAAUCUUUUACAAGCACCAACUAAUUUCUCAUAAUAACCAAACCUCAGGAAUACUGUACGGGAAUGUAUCCACAGUUCAAUGCAAUAAUUUAUUAUUAAAAUUAAACUGAUUAACUUUUGGUUGAA